AUGCCUGGCUCACUUGGUUACGAGGAACAAGAUGCUAAGACCUUUGCCUCAUGGGGCAUUGAUUAUUUGAAGUAUGAUAACUGUUACAAUGAUGGAACAAAUCCAACUGCCAGGGGAGACAUGCAUCCUGCUACAUGGGGUUUCCGGGUAGGAAAUAGCUGGAGAACUACUGGUGACAUCAGUGAUAACUUUGACACCAUGAUGAAUAGAGCAGAUAUGAACAAUAUGUGGAAUAGUUGGAAUCACUUCAACUGCAAUGUUAAUGAAACUAUCAUCAAAGAUGCCGCUGAUGCUCUGGUUUCCUCUGGUCUCGCCCAGCUCGGAUAUACCUAUGUCAACAUAGAUGAUUGUUGGGCCGAAAAAGUUCGUGAUAAAAAUGGAAAUAUAGUGGCUAGAAACACUACGUUUCCAUCUGGCAUAAAAGCCCUUGCAGACUAUGUUCACAGCAGGGGGCUUAAGCUUGGGAUUUAUUCCAGUGCUGGGUUUUUUACUUGCAGCAACACCAUGCCUGGCUCACUUGGUUACGAGGAACAAGAUGCUAAGACCUUUGCCUCAUGGGGCAUUGAUUAUUUGAAGUAUGAUAACUGUUACAAUGAUGGAACAAAUCCAACUGCCAGAUAUCCUGCAAUGACCAGAGCUUUAAUGAAGGCUGGUCGCCCUAUCUACUACUCUCUAUGUGAAUGGGGAGACAUGCAUCCUGCUACAUGGGGUUUCCGCGUAGGAAAUAGCUGGAGAACUACUGGUGACAUCAGUGAUAACUUUGACACCAUGAUGAAUAGAGCAGAUAUGAACAAUAUGUUUGCUGACUAUGCAAGGCCUGGUGGUUGGAAUGAUCCUGAUAUGCUUGAAGUUGGAAAUGGAGGAAUGACAAAAGACCAAUACAUUAUACACUUCAGUCUAUGGGCCAUGGUUAAGUCUCCCCUUCUCCUUGGCUGUGAUUUGACGAAUUUGACUCAACAAACAUUAGAGAUUAUUGGCAACAAAGAAGUCAUUGCCAUUAACCAAGAUCCACUUGGGGUUCAGGCAAAGAAGGUUAGGGAAGAUGCUGAGAUAUGGGCAGGACCUCUUUCAGGCUAUAGAUUUGUGGCACUCCUAGUCAACCGAGGUACAUGGUCUACUAAUAUCACAGCACAUCUGGAAGACAUUGGAAUUCCCCCAAAAACUAAAGUUCAAGUUAGAGAUCUAUGGGAGCACAAGACACUGGAAGAAACAGCGACAAUGAACCUGACAGCUAGUCUGGGUGCUUAUGGAAGCAAGAUGUAUCUGUUGACGCCUCUUAAGGAGCAGUCAUCUUAAUUAUAUCUAACUUCAGGAAUUUUCAUUUUCUUUUGAUGUAAUAGGUCACUAGAUUUUAGAUUGAAAUUAGCUAAUAAUUGUAAGGCAUUUUACGUGGAUUUUAUUGUUAGUGACGAUUUGGAAGAAGUUAAGUUUUCCAUUUUU